AUGGAGUUCUUAACACUUGUUCUUGUAGUAUUAUCUUUUCUAGUUUGGCAUGUCUUGAAAUCAAAUCUGAGGCGCCGGACAACCAGCAAGUUACCACCAGGGCCUUACCCUUUUCCAAUUGUCGGCAACAUUCUUCAACUUGGAAUUGCCAAACAAGUACUACAAGAGCAUGAUCAAGUCUUUUCUUCUCGAGCAAUUCCAGCAGCAGCAGCAGCAUAUGAUCAUUACAAGAAGUCUAUGGCCUGGUUGCCGGUGGCUAGCCAGUGGCGAAAUCUUCGUAAACUUUGUAAAGAACAAAUGUUUUCGUUGAAUAGACUUGAUGCAAGCAAGGGUCUUCGUCAAGAAAAAAUAAAGAAAUUGUACGACUAUGUGAAUGAUUGUUGCAUUAGUGAUCAGGUAGUCGAUAUUGGUGAUGCUUCGUUUACCACAUCUCUUAAUCUCAUCUCAGCCACUCUUUUCUCAACUGAUUUUGCUCAAUUUAAUUCCGAUUCUUCUCAAGAAACAAAAGAAAUUAUACGGGGUUUGUUUGAAAAUGCAGCAAUUCCUAAUCUUGCAGACUUCUUCCCGGUUCUUAAAUUCAUUGAUCCACAGGGUAUUCUAAGCAAAUCCAAGAAUUACAUUAGCAAAGUAUUUGAGAUAUUUGAUGAUUUGAUCGAUCAACGGUUGAAAUCAAGAAGUGUGUCGUCGGAUCAUCUAGUGAGAAAUGAUUUACUAGAAACCAUCUUGAAUCACAGCCAAGCAAGCGAAUCUGAAUUAACCUUGGAUGUUCUAAAGCAUUUACUUCUGGUGGGUACAAGUUUUACAGCACUUAUAUUUCCAUACUGCACAAAUUUCUGA